ACAAUCUGGCAUCCCCGCCGGGUGUGUGUGCGGCAUAUAAAUUGUGUAUCUGUAAAUCACUGUAAAUUUAAUUGUAAACAAUGUGUUUUAUAAAUUAUUCAGACGUACAAUAAUAAUUUGGUCCAAAUCUCUGCAUCAAUGUUAUAAUCUAAGAGCUUUUGUAAGUUUCAUAUAUUGAUGUGAGGAUCUCGUGCUUUGUCUUCGUGUGUGACAAUAUACUCAAAAUGGCGCAUCAACUGGCACCGUCUGUAAAUUGUUCAUUAGACGACAUUGACCUCAGUGCGUUAAAGGAUCCUGCUGGUAUAUUUGAACUGAUAGAAGUUGUCGGAAAUGGCACAUAUGGUCAGGUGUACAAGGGACGUCACACAAAAACAGGUCAACUUGCUGCCAUCAAGGUGAUGGAUGUGACUCAAGAUGAAGAAGAAGAAAUAAAGCUUGAGAUUAAUGUACUCAAAAAAUAUUCAAACCAUCGCAACAUUGCUACAUAUUAUGGUGCUUUUAUAAAAAAGAGUCUGCCUGGUAAAGAUGACCAGCUAUGGUUGGUUAUGGAAUAUUGUGGUGCUGGAUCUGUGACUGAUUUGGUAAAAUCAACUAAAGGACAAUCCCUCAAGGAGGAAUGGAUAUCUUAUAUCUGUAGAGAAAUCCUUAGAGGUCUCAGCUAUUUGCAUUCAAACAAAGUUAUUCAUCGUGAUAUUAAGGGCCAAAAUGUUUUAUUGACGGACAAUGCGGAAGUGAAACUAGUUGACUUUGGAGUGUCAGCACAGUUGGAUAGAACUAUUGGGAGGAGGAACACUUUUAUUGGAACUCCAUACUGGAUGGCACCUGAGGUGAUUGCAUGCGAUGAGAACCCAGAAGCAACUUACGAUAAUCGAUCUGACCUCUGGUCCCUUGGUAUCACUGCCCUUGAAAUGGCAGAGAGUCAACCACCUCUCUGUGAUUUACAUCCUAUGAGAGCUCUAUUCCUUAUUCCAAGGAAUUCUCCUCCUCGCUUAAAGUCCAAGAAGUGGGCAAAGAAAUUUCACAGCUUCAUUGAAACUGUACUUGUAAAGGAUUAUCAUCAAAGGCCUUACACUGAGCAUCUUCUCAAACAUCCAUUUAUAAGAGAUCAGCCGACAGAGCGGCAAGUGAGGAUACAGUUGAAGGAUCAUAUAGACCGAUGCAAAAAACGCAAGCAAGAGAACUCAGUUCGGGAAGACUACAAAUACUCUGGCUCUGAGGGUGAAGAGGAAGAUAAUGCAAUUGCAGGAGAACCAUCAUCCAUUGUGCAUAAUGCUCCACACCAAGGAGGGGACACUCUACGUAGGAACUUCCAACAGAUACAAGAGGGAAGAGCUGCGGAAGCGCAACAACCCCAACCGCCGCCUAAACGCAACAGCAAACGUGAAGAGCGAGAGGAAAUACCAGAGCCUGGUCCUCCAGCGAGGCCAUCCAUUCCACAAAGACUGAUAGUUGUGCCAGACCCACAGGCACAACAGCCUAACAGAUAUAGGCCUUUGCCCCCGACGCCGAAGUCAUCGGGCUCCUCGAACAGCUCCGGUUCGAACAACGGCACGCCGCCUGCCAGUGGCCCUCUGCCCCCGCAGCGAUCUAACAAGUUUAUUCCUAUGGUUCCGCCAAGAAGGCCAGAGGAUUUGGAUAAACUUGCCGCUCAACUGAAUGAACUUGGAGUGGUAUCCGGAAACGAACCUCCUAAUCGACCGCCCAGAGCACCCACAAAUGGACAAGGUCCACCCGUGGAGAGGAAUCCUCCAGAGCCAACAUUCGAGGACUCGGACAGCGACUCCGACGCGGAUGAAGGCGGCGGCCGAGUCAGGAAUGACGGCACUUUGCUUGCCAGCGAUCCUCCCAAGCCCCUGCCGGGCCUGUCGGCGGUGUCGGAGGACGGCGCGGCGGGCCCGCCCACGCGCCCGCUGCCGCCCACACCGGACGACGACGACCCGCACGCGGACCGCACGCUCGUCAAGCGGAGGGAGAAUACAGAAAACAAUAGGAGGCAAUCAGACGUCGAUGAAGCGGUAUUAUUAAAAGACUGGGACUUUGCAAGAUUUUUCCCUUCGAGAAAUAAUGAAGCCAAAGAGGAGAAACAAGACGCUAGCAAGGAGACUGAACAAAAGCGUGCGCAACUCCAACGUCAAUCCAGAAUUGAAAUGGAGGAUGCGUGGGUCAAAUAUAAAGCCAUCGCGACUCCGCCUUCGCGCCACAAACAACUUUUCCAAAAACCUGAAAAAUCCACACAAGAAAAGCUGUCAGAUAUAUUGAAAUAUAAAAAGGAACAAGAAUCAGAAGUUAAUUCUCCGAAUCGUUUUUUCAGAGGUUUCAGACGAGAGAAUUCAGACUUCUUUCCUCUGUCUAGUACACGACACUCGGCCAUAUACUUCCCCAAGCAUGAGAGUCCAAUUGUUAAUAAACAACGCUCUAGCGGUAUUUUCAAUCAUUCAAGAAAACAAAGCAAUAAACCGCAAUCCUCUGGUGAGCCUGUACUAACAGAUUUUAUAAAAAUGAAUGACAGCCUAAAGUUUUCGCAAAAUGCAGCUAAAAGAACCGAUAAAAGGACCCCAGAUAGGAAAGUUCCGGGUAACAAUCCCAUUGAUGCUUUGAAGAACGUAGCUGAAUUAAUUCGGCAAGACAGUGAAAAUAACGGUAUGAGUCGUCAGAGCAGUGUGAACAGUGAUUCUCCAGCGACUAGCAUCUGUUUCACCAGUGGGGCUACCUUUGAGAGAGCUGGAACUUUAGACCUUACUGCUAAUACGUUGGAGAACAAACCAGCCCCCAAUAUACCCGACAGCUGCAACAUUAUGAAACCUCGCAGAGAAAAGACAGAAUCCGAUAUCGUUUUUCGACGAAAUUGUAAUCGGCACACAGAGGUUUUGUCGAGUUGUGGGCAGGAAGCGGUAAACGCACAGGAACAGGGUCGUUCGGGUGGAAAUAAUGAGGGAAGUGGGUCUCGCACGAGUUCCGUACUACCGGAUCUCUUGAGCCAGGCCGGACAACCCACCACACCACCGAGACAUGACAAAUCUACCAGUGAAGAGUAUAGGCAGGCUAUAGCGGGAGGUACGCCUGCCCCCCACCACCACCACCACCCACUCCCCUCGUCCGUCCAAUCGACGCCGUCCAAGUCGUUCGUGUCGGGCGCGUCGUCCCCCCACCCCCUGCAGCAUUCGCCCUCGAACUCGUCGGUGGGCUCGCAGCAACAGUUUCUGCCCUUGCAACAGAAGCAGCGCUCGUUCCUCACGUUCGGCUUUGGCGCCGGCUCCACCGGAAGUGGCACGGGCGGCUCGGGCAACGCGUCGCGCCGGGAGAGCCACGUCAACGUCAACGUCACGCCCACCGGACACGACAUAUCUUCAGACACGCCAGAGAUACGCAAGUACAAGAAGAGGUUCAACUCGGAAAUACUCUGCGCUGCGCUGUGGGGAGUAAACCUGCUUAUUGGUACUGAAAAUGGUCUCAUGUUACUGGAUCGUUCUGGUCAGGGAAAAGUGUAUCAGUUAAUUUCUCGACGCCGCUUCCAACAAAUGGAAGUGUUAGAAGGACAAAAUAUUUUAGUAACUGUGUCUGGAAAGAAGAAUCGUGUCAGAGUUUACUAUUUAAGUUGGCUGAAAUCUAAAAUACUACGCACAGACGGACUCAGUGAUCAGCAAGUAGAAAGGAGGAAUGGAUGGAUUAAUGUUGGUGAACUCCAAGGCGCCGUCCACUUCCGCAUCGUCAAGUAUGAACGAAUCAAAUUCCUGGUUAUUGCUCUCAAGGACUCUAUUGAGAUAUACGCGUGGGCGCCAAAACCGUAUCACAAAUUUAUGGCAUUUAAAAGUUUCGGCGAUUUACAACACAGGCCUUUGUUAGUGGAUUUAACAAUAGAAGAAGGCACCAGACUGAAAGUAAUUUAUGGAUCUGCUGAUGGGUUCCAUGCUGUUGAUCUCGAUACUGCCAGUGUCUAUGAUAUUUAUAUUCCAAAACAUACACAGGGAGCUAUAGUUCCUCAUUGCAUUGUUCCACUACCCAAUUCCAAUGGUGGACAGCUCUUACUAUGCUAUGAUAAUGAAGGUGUCUAUGUAAACACUUAUGGAAGAGUUAGCAAGAACAUAGUACUUCAGUGGGGAGAAAUGCCAACCUCUGUAGCUUACAUUGGCACAGGACAAAUAAUGGGGUGGGGCAACAAAGCUAUAGAAAUACGCUCAGUCGAAAGCGGCCACCUUGACGGCGUGUUUAUGCACAAAAAAGCCCAACGACUUAAAUUUUUGUGUGAGCGUAAUGACAAAGUAUUCUUUUCGUCUGCAAAAGGCGGUUCUUCCUGCCAAAUAUAUUUCAUGACGCUCAAUAAGCCAGGGAUGGCCAAUUGGUAGUGAUACGACGUAAAGGCGAGAGACGCCUAGGAUCUGUGAUGUAGCACUAGGCCCUCAUUGACACAAAAGUAUCGAUUACAAUGUUAUUGAAAGAUUUUCAGCUAAAAUGCAGCUUGAAGUAUGAGUAUUACCGGUUUUAAAAUGUGCUCAAAAGACAAUCCACAAAAUAAGAAAAAUAAUUGAGGACCUUCUUCAUAAGUGGCAUUUUGUACUGAAUAAUGUAAUUUCAAUACAAGCUACUAAGAUAUAUAUUAUAUUAUUAAGCAAUAACCUAUAGAAUAAAGUUUUGAUAUUGACAAUUAUUGUUAAGUAAGUUAAUAAUGCUUAGAUUUUAUGUUGCAAAUGUUUAUUUCUGAAAGAGAAUGUAAUACAAAUCUGACUAGAUAAUCACAUUAUGCCAUAAUAUAUUGUUUAUUUAGCUAAUUUGGUGAUGAUUUUUUCAUUGGUUAUAUCAUUAUCUACUUGUUCAAAUAUCAUUGCCAUUUUUAAUAAUAAAAAAAAAAUUGUUAUGACGCAAUCGUAAAAGUAUACUCGUAGGUGAUGUAAAUUAUCAUUUUAAGGAUACUCUUAUAAAUUGGCACUUAGACAAGUCACUGUAUAUGGUAAUUAUCACACCAAACUGCAAUAAUUUUAAUCAUGGAUGAAUCCAAAAUUUGGUACUAUUUAUUAUUUAUUUGUUAUGUACUAUAUUAUUUACAUGUAUAAAGAUGUAACUGUGCAUAUUGAAAAU